AUGGCGAGCAAUGUUGAGGCUUGGGUCUUACUAUCCUUGGCUUUGGCCAUAAUCCUUGUUCGCAUAUUUGUACGAUGGACACUGGUAGGACCGGCCAACUUCCAGCUUGAUGAUUAUUUUAUGCCAUUAGCGGGCUUUUUCUUCGCCGCGGAGACGGUGGCAGCUUACCUCGUUGUCGCUAACUAUGAGGGCUUGACAAAUAGCUACAUGACGACUGAACAACGAGCAACGCUUCAGUAUAAUUCUACUGAGUGGUUAAAUCGUGUUGCUGGAUCAAAGAUUCAGGUUACUGGAUGGUCGCUUUUUGUGGCAAGUCUCUGGUUGGUCAAGUGCAGUCUGGCAAUCUUCUAUUCUCGAUUGACAACUGGUCUUCAAAAUCUCCCAGCCAGGGUCAGACUGGCAUAUGUCAUUUUGGGCGUGACAUACCUCGCAACGCAGUUGUCACUUUUGCUAUCAUGCCAACCCUUUCAUGCAUUUUGGCAAAUUUAUCCUAAUCCGGGCAAGUUCUGUCAGCCAACAAAUUCACCGGUUUAUGUUAUGGUCGUCGUGAUUCUUGACAUUGUCACGGAUAUAUAUCUUUUGUCGAUUCCACUUCCUCUUCUUUGGGCUGUAAAGAUCAACCUAAAGCGAAAGAUUCCCCUCAUGGCCCUCUUUUCUGGAGCAGCAUUCGUCAUUGCGGCGGCUAUCAUCCGAGCUGUUUCCAUUAUCAGCGUGAGUUCCACAGUUUUCUGCCAGAACGGACUUACUCCUUAUGAACAAACGAUUUCAGGGGCCGAUGGUGCGUCGACGGGCUCUAAAUGGGCCUGUCGCGAGACAUUUGUCUCUAUUGUUGUCUCGAAUCUGCCCAUUGUUCAGCCCCUUAUUCGUAAGGGUUUCAGCAGGAUCGGUCUUUCCCAGUUGUUCAGUUCCGCUGCCAAACCUUCAGGACAGUCAUAUCCACUUUCCAGUCGAGGUUUGCAAACCCUGACAAAUGUCGAUGAAGGGAAAAUUAAAAAGGGUAAGAUGAAUGCCGCAGGGCCAUCACAUAUGCAAACGUCUGCAUGGGGCAGUGACGAGAACGUUCUCAUUGAGCGUGAUUCUUCCUCGAAGAAUAUCACUGUUGUUUCGGAAACUGUCGUACAGAGUGAGCCAUUGAGCUGGGAUGGGGAGUCUAGUGUUAGCCAUUCAACUACACCCCCAAGUCAGUGGAACAGCCAGUUAUCAGGUCGAUAG